UGCUGAAGUGCUGACAAACUCUGUCUGACACAUUUCUCCUUGGCUCCUCUGGUCGCCACACCUCGCCUUCGCUGGAGACCACGGCCGUGGGCAGCCCCCUGCAGCCACGCUUCACAAGGCUCAGCAAGCGAACAGGCAUCACUCCUCAGGUGCCUGUCUCUCUCUUUUGGUAGCUCCUGUCAAAACCCGCCUACCCUUCUGCUAACCCCUGGGUUUCGCGGAGGCGGGAAGUCUACCUGCGGCUGCCAUUCCCGGGACCCUGCUGCACCUGGGAGGCUGCGUGGGGCUGGGACACCCAGAGGAGGCGGCUUCCGCCUGGAGGCAGCCAUGCGGUGUCCCUCUCGCUGAGGAGGAGGGGCCCACCCAACCAGGGCCCUCUCUGGACAGGGUGAUGACAACAUCAGAGGACCUGAGCCUAGCCCAGCCUGGCGGAACAAGUGAGCUAAGGGUGAUGUUGGACUCAGUGACACACAGUACCUUCCUGCCCAACACGUCCUUCUGCGACCCCCUGAUGUCGUGGACUGAUCUGUUCAGCAAUGAAGAGUAUUAUCCUGCCUUUGAGCAUCAGACAGCCUGCGACUCUUACUGGACGUCCGUCCACCCCGAGUACUGGACCAAGCGCCACGUCUGGGAAUGGCUCCAGUUCUGCUGUGACCAGUACAAGCUGGAUGCCAACUGCAUUUCCUUCUGCCACUUCAACAUCAGCGGCCCGCAGCUGUGCAGCAUGACUCAGGAGGAGUUCACCGAGGCGGCCGGCCUCUGUGGGGAGUACCUCUACUUCAUCCUCCAGAACAUCCGCUCGCAAGGUUACUCCUUCUUUAAUGACACAGAAGAGACCAAGGCUGCCAUCAAAGACUAUGCCGAUUCCAACUGCUUGAAAACCAGUGGCACCAAAAGUCAAGACUGUCACAGUCAUAGUCGAACGAGCCUCCAAAGUUCUCAUCUCUGGGAAUUUGUGCGAGACCUGCUUCUAUCUCCUGAAGAAAACUGUGGCAUUCUGGAAUGGGAAGAUAGGGAGCAAGGUAUCUUUCGGGUGGUAAAAUCAGAAGCCCUGGCAAAGAUGUGGGGACAAAGGAAGAAAAAUGACAGAAUGACGUAUGAAAAGUUGAGCAGAGCCCUGAGGUACUACUACAAAACGGGAAUUCUGGAACGAGUCGACCGAAGGCUAGUGUACAAAUUUGGCAAAAAUGCACACGGGUGGCAGGAAGACAAGCUAUGAUGUGCUCGGUUUUACGGAUCUCUGUCUUCUAAAACAAUCGGAUCACCAGAGACAUUGCAAAGUCUUUUUGUUGUUGUCAACCUGCAAAUGUGCUGAUAAAAUUUCUCCACCUGUCAGCUUA